GGCGACGCAUUUGUCUCAUGACACCGAUGAUUGUUCAGCUGUAUGUGCUAUAUGUUUUGAGUUUUAUCGUGACCCUGUCAGUCUUCCAGGGUGUUCCCAUACGUUUUGUAUGUCUUGUCUUUUAUCUUAUGCUGGAUCGACGAAGAAAGUCGGCGAAAAUGACACAAACAUUUUAAAUUGCCCAGUCUGCAGAAAAUGUUUUCACACAGACAGCAUUGACUCUUGGAUCAAAACUUUACGAAGCAGCGACAUGCAUUGUGAUUCCUGUGAAAGACAAUGUACUUCGUGCACAGCAGUGUGGUUUUGCCAAGACUGUUCUGAUAACCUUUGUGAUCAGUGCUUUAAAUUUCAUAAAUCUAAUAGAUCGUCAAUGGGACAUGUUACCCGUAAACUCGAAGACAACAGGGAAAGUGUAUAUGUUGCGAAUUUAUUCUGUAAUAAACACAUUGACAGGAGGUUGGAUGUAUAUUGCUUUGAUCAUGAUAUCCCUUGUUGCUCGAUGUGUGCUACAUUCAAUCACCGAAAAUGUGAGCAUAUUUCACCUUUGAAUGAAUGCUCAAAGGCAGUAGAAAAAACAGAUGAGAAAUCAAGUUUCAAAACGAUGACUGAAAUUACACAAAACAAACUGAAAAAGGCUUUGAAGACAUUUGAAGAAUGUAAAACAACCUGUAAAGAAAAAGCCGAAAAGCUUCAAGCUCAGGUGAACUUUUUGACUGAAAACAUCAUUCGGCGACUGCAAGAAGACAAAUCAGGGAUAAUCAUCGACCUUUCCGCAAUUGAAAAGGAAUAUCUUAUCAAUAUCGAGUUAAAGUCUGCACCACUAGAAAAAGCAUGCGAGAUUUUGACAAAGAGCGAACAAUUAUUAAACCCCGCAAACAAAAUCGAUGAUAUUACAAUGUUUCUUGAAAUAAAACGCAUGCAACGGGAGCUUAAUCCUAUUCAGAAAAUCCUUCAAAAUUUGGAAAUCUUAACCGAUGCGUUUGAACCUAAAAUGGCAAUAAAUAGAUAUUUUGAUGAGUAUUUGUCUGGUUGUUUCAAUGUGGCAGAAGUUUAUGACAAUGUUGAAAGAUGUAAAACUUAUUCAAGUAAAAUGUCUUUGUUUGGUAUUGCACUAGCAGCAACAAUAAGAGGAUAUAAGACCAAUUGUAGAUUUACUGAUGCAGAGUUUGUUGCUAAAGAAAGCAUUAUUGCAGUCUGUGGAACAACAAAUGCUGCAUACCUUUAUACAUUGGAUGGAUCCCUCAUUAAGCAACACAAGCUAUCUGGUAGUCCAUGGGCCAUAGCAAAAAUUGCAGCAAACCAGUUUGCAAUAUCCAUUAAGUCCCCUCCAGCUGUAGAAAUAUUAUAUAUAAAAGAAACGUUUGUCCGGACUGACAAUGUCAUCAAACUACCUUGGAUACCGUUUGGAAUAACUACGAAGGGUCCAAAUGUACUCAUCGUUACCUCUGGAAAGAGAAUCGUUUACAUUGCCAGAGAUGGGACUGUUAUAACAUCACAUCAUACCGGAGCGGAACGUCCAUAUGGCCUUUGUGUCAAUCCUGAAGGACAGAUAAUUAUGACUGAUUACGACGGUGCUCAAGAUGUUACAUUCUUUAAAAGUAUAGAACUUGAAGAAGUAAAGAAUUUCAAGCAUCCAAUGUUGAAGAGUCCAUCUGGUGUAGCUUGUGAUAUUUUCGGCAAUGUGUAUGUGUCUGGAUUCAAUUCUCACAACGUUUUCCAGCUUAAUAAAAAUGGAAGCAUUGUCAGGGUUCUAUUGGAAAAUAAAGAAAAAUUGAAGAUGAAGAAUCCGAUUGGUUUACGAGUCGAGUUUGUCAAGAGCUCUUUAAAAAUGCUUCUUACAUCCCUUGAUAGUGUCUUAAUUUUCAAUUUUCAUGAAGGAAAUUGAUUUUGUAAAAAAAAGUGCAUGCAUUAAUUAUUUGUAUUUGUGUUACGGUUUAUUUAUUGAUAAAGAACUUGAAAUCAUUGAUUGUUUCGUUCUUUACCAAUGCUCUUUGGUUAUAUCCAUCAGAUGUGGGUGCUUAUAACUUUUUAGUUACAAUCACAUUUAA